AUGAAGUUAGUGACAUUUUUUAUCCACAUAAUUCUAUGUAGCAUAUUAGUCGCACAAAAUCAAAAUGUCCAUGGCGCUGAUGGUAAACAAUCAGCAGAUCGGCAACAAAAAAGAGCAUUCAGCCAACAAGCGGGGAUAGUGCAACAACAACCAGCACUGGAUCAACGGAUGCAUCGUAUUGAGAUUCAAGUAAAGGAUACACAAGUACGUUUAGAUUAUUUAGAAAAACUAGUUGAAUCCAUUAUGAACAUAAAUGGCAUUCCUCCUACAGCUGAUGAAAAUAGACCUACAGAAAGUACUUCAAAUUCAUCCGUUUUACCCAAUGAAUUAAAGGCUAACAUUGAUGCCAGUCGUCAAAGCUCUAAUAACAAUGAAACCGUCGCUGGUCCACAAGAAGGUGGAACUAAUAAUACUCAAUCGGGUGGUAAUUGA